AUGGCUCACAAUAGCGAAAGUAGUAACAAUGGUCACUAUAACUCUCCUCAAGCCGCCUCAUUCAACAACAACCUAAGCCGCCAAGCGGCCAAGGGCAAGCUUUGUACCGCAAGUUCACUUCUCCUUUCUCCCUUCUUCGUAACGUCAGUCAUGUCCUUAGGUGUGCGGCUUAUAUCUGGAGUCGAAAUUGUUGAGAUAGCUUGCAAAGCCGGCUUCGACUCCCUCUUCAUCGAUCUCGAGCACUCCACUCUCUCACUCGAAGCCACUGGACAGAUAUGUCGAGCCUCAAAAAUGGCAGGAAUCUCGGCAUUUAUUCGCGUUCCUGCAGAAUGCGGUGAUGGUUACGUACAACGGGCACUGGGAAGCGGCGGCGACGGCAUCAUUGUACCGCACGUUCAGACGGUUGAAGAUGUACGCACUGCUAUUGCCAUGGCUAAAUACCCACCGCUGGGUUCCCGCUCCAUUACUCCUCAUCUUCUGAUCUCAAGAUCCGCCAAAAGUCCUCUAAGAGCGGCAGAGGUCUUGAAGGAGCAUGAGGUGAUCUUGAUGGUAAUGAUCGAGACGGUGGAGGCUCUUUCAAACAUUGAUGCCAUUGCGGCUGAACCUGGUCUGGACGUCUUGCAGAUUGGUUCAAUGGAUAUGAGUAUGAGCCUGGGAAUUCUGGGUCAAUGGGACGACCCGUUGUAUCAGGAUGUUCUGAUUACGGUGUCAAGGGCUGCAAAGAAACACGGGAAACUGUGGGGGAUCUCUGGACUGCCUUCACGAGCAGACAUAUGGAACUACGCAGCGGUCGAGCUUGGAGCUAGCUUCAUUGUUAGUUCAUACGAUGUCAACUUAUUAAAUCAAGCUGCUGCUGCAAACUACAAGCUCAUUAGAGAGGCGGGCGGAGGCGCUAGUUAA